UGAAAAGGGGAAUGCAGUUGCUACAAUGCUUUGUUUCAGAGCUGACGUUUCAGUGACUACCCCGAGUUUACGCACCGUGUGAAUUUUAGCAGAAUUUGGCGGCCCUUACGAAAUUCUGAGUUUGAGCCCUUUGCUUUGCCGUAGUUGAAUCCGGAAGUCACAUUGCAUUUUCAUUGACGGUUCUAUUCCUCCUUACUGGAAGGUUGCAAUAAUAGGCAUCAUGAACUAUUCUGACUUCGACUCAGAUGGAUAUUCGUCGAAUGAAGAUGCAGACUACGUCCCAUCAGGUGAUAACCUCAGUGAAGAUGAUAUUAAUGAGUGUGAAAAGGAAGACCCUCUUCAUGAGGAUGACAGUGUGCCACAUCCCGGCAAUGCUGGCAAGAAGAAAAGGAAAGAAAAGGACACCAAAAUGAGAAAGAGGAAGAUAAAGGUGCUCAAAGUAGACAAGGAUGAUGAUGGAAAUGAAGAGCCUGAGCCGCUGCAGGAAGAAGUGAAAAAAAACACGGAGGGAGAGGAUGAUCGUGAAGCAAGACAAAAAAAGAAAUCAGAUGACCUGUGGGCAAGUUUCUUAUCUGAUGUUGGAUCCAAACCGAAAGACUCCUCGUCUGCUUCACUGUCUGUACAGAAUGCGGAUUCCUCCGUACUGAAGGUUGCUCCUUUGUGUACAGAGACAAAAGCACCAGGACCUUCUAAAGUCACCAUCACAAAAAUUUUUGACUUCGCUGGAGAAGAAGUUAGGGUCAAUAAGGAGGUAGCAGCAGAUUCCAAAGAAGCUAGGAGUUACAUGAAGAGCCAGAACACCAAACAGGAGAAUGAAGACGAAGAGACAAAUUCCUCCUUCAACCAAAUGCCAAAAAGCAAAUCUCUUCCUGGUCCCAGUGCUAAGCGUCCAACAGGAAUGUCAAGCAUCCUGAAUCGUAUUGGGGGAAAGAAACAGAAAAUGAACACACUGGAAAAGUCGAAGAUGGACUGGGAUGCUUAUAAAUCAGAGGAAGGCAUCACAGAUGACUUGGCCAUUCACAACAGAGGCAAAGAGGGGUAUGUGGAGCGGAAGAACUUUUUGGAGCGCGUUGACCACCGUCAGUUUGAGUUAGAAAAAGCAGUGCGACUGAGCAAUAUGAAACGAUGACCCAGACUGACAACAAAUACUUUCUCAUGUUUCAACUGAUGUUUCAAAUGCAUGCAUCUUUAUUUCUUACUCUGCUAUUAUUAGUUGCUAUUUACGCAGUAAAGUGAUUUCAAACUGUA